AUGAGCACCUCUACCGGGACCCAACCCAGUUCCUCCCCUCAAUCUACCAAAAGUAGCAACCAACCAACCUAUUCAACAGAUUCAAACCCCUCAAAAUCAACCUACAGAAUUCUCAAAGACGCCGGUUUUCGCAGCAUGAACGAUUUCAUGUUCUCACAUGGAUUGAAAUUACAUGAUGAUGAACAUCUAGAACAAGCAAAAGAAAUGAUUGAGAGGAUGAAGGAGGAGGAUUUGAUGGGGGAGGAUCUGAGGAGAUUGGAGUUUAGGGCGGCUAACGAUGAAGGAAAUGUGAAGGAUCAACGAGGUACGGAGAGCUCGGAAGAUGAUGAUGAUGUAGUUGAAUUGAUCGGAUUUUUGGAGGUGGUUAGUGAUGAGGAAGAAGAAGAUGGCAUAGAAGAGUCAAUCGAAUUUGCGGACGUGGUUAAUAGUGACGAAGUGGAUGAUGGAUUUCAGGUGUCUGGGGUUGAGAUUGUGGAGGAACUGGAUAGGGUUUCAUCUAGGGAAGAAGAACCGGAUGAAUGUGUCGAUGUCGAUGUUGAUGUUGGUAUGGUCGAUGAUAAUGUUGGCGAGGAUUUUGACUAUGAAGAUUUCGGUGGUGGAGAUGAUGGAGAUGAUGGAGAUGACGGUUAUGAUGAUUUCGAGGAUGAUUUUGAUGAUGAUUUUGAUGAUGAUUUCUUUUACGAUGCUUAA